AUGCCUGUUGUCCCUAUCGUGCUGUCCUGCACCGAGACUGAACAAAGAUAGCAAAAACCCAGAACAAUGUCUGUUUGUAUUAAGCCUGCCUUGGUGAUUAAUAUAAUAUUUGAAUGAAACUGGUUCUUUACUAACAGCUUGUAGUAUAUAGGUGGUGAAGCCAGGACCUGUGGAUGAAAUGGUUGUGCUGAAACCCAAACUAGAUGGGACCUCCAAAAGUGGCAUAAGGUAUGCAAAAGUUGUUCAACCUCCAAUUUGAAGGGCAGACCAAGUUAAAAUAACCUAUUAUGUGUCAUGUGUGUGAAGCGUGAUGCAAUGUGUGUGCAGAUAUUCAUGUGACCCAUCUGUGUAAUAUUAUUGUGGUGCCAGAAACCCACAGAUACAUGAGGUAUUCAUGGUGCAACAAUCUAAAAGUUAUACAUUUACAUAAUUGCACAGCGAGGAAUGCAUCACAUGUAGGGCAUUCAUGGAUAUGCUUUUUGUGUUCCUCUGCUCUCCCUAGACUCUGUCAUUACACUAAUGUAACAAUAUUCCUUAUCGGUUUUGCGCACACAAUUUGUAUGUUCAGGUCUGUGCUAUACAAAGGAUUCACUGUUGAGCUUCCAGACCCCCCAUCCCUUGCCAUUGAAGCUGCCUAUGCCAACUUCACCCCAGACUCAGCUCCAUUAAUCAGCACCAUGGGCAUUUCUGCAGGGAAACUGCUAGUAGACUCCGUCCUUGGCAAAGUGCAGGCAGGCAGCGUUCUCUCUUAUCAGCACCCACCUACUGUGUCUGAUACUGUCAUCACCCAUGAGAAUGCUCCACCAUUCACGGACAUGCCACUACAGGGCUACCAGUUAAGGGCAACAGACCAUGCAUACUGUAUGUGUUAA